AUGAAGGCUUUUAUACCAUUUGACUUACUGUUUCUUCUUUGCCUUGCAACAUCAGCCUUGGGCAUAGAGAAUAAAAAACGCAGUCUACGAUGGAUAACAAAGGAUGCAGCUCUCAGCUACCUAACCAGAGACAUGUCAAAUUUGGAAGAGUUCAAGGCCUUACUUCGGCCACUAGUAGUGGAGAGAGUGUCUGGCACUGCAGGAAACAAGGCUGUGCAAGAGCAUAUCAAGUCAUACCUCAGUAACUGGCAUGUGGAAACUGACACAUUUAAUGAUACUACCCCAUAUGGAGUAAAGGAAUUCACAAACAUCAUAGCCACCUUUGACCCCAGUAAAUCAACGAAGAUUGUCCUGGCGUGUCAUUUUGACUCCAAAUAUUUUCCUCGGGGAAAGUUUGUGGCUGCAUCUGACUCUGCUGUGCCCUGUGGUGUUUUGUUAGAGACAGCUAGACAGCUGCAGUGUUUGCUAGAAAAGGGACCAAAGGAGAAAAGUUCUGCAAGUGACUUGACUCUACAACUGCUGUUCUUAGACGGAGAGGAGGCUUUCAAGGACUGGACUGCCACAGAUUCCAUUUAUGGGUCACGACAUCUUGCCAAACGAUGGGCAGCGGAGCCUGACCCUGCUAAUAGCUCCCUGACAAGAAUUAAAUCAAUACGUGAAUUUAUUCUUUUAGACCUGAUCGGCACUAGUGACACAACGAUUCCUCAGCAUUUCACAAGUACAUCGGAGUUGUAUGAGAAUUUAGUUAAAGCAGAGAAUUACUUACGUUCCAAAGGUUACCUAACUGGGAAGCAUCUAGGACCAGUUUUCAAUGGUCAGAAAAGCUGGGGUGGUAUAGAGGAUGAUCACAUGCCUUUUCUUAAUCAAGGAGUGGAUGUGGUCCACCUGAUUUCUUCUCCAUUUCCUAGUGUGUGGCAUCAACUUACAGACGACUGGGAUCACUUAGACUUUAACCUUAUCGAUGACUUCAGCCGCAUCUUUCGGCUUUUUAUCAGCAACCUCUUGCACUUACAACCUGAGAGCAGGGGUUGUCGUAAGAAGUAA